AGACACUCUUCUUGGAAUCAGAAAUAACAAGGAUUUAAACACUUUACGUAAGAGUUUCUCUGAAACACGACAACCAGAUAUUUCAAAGUUAUUUCGAUUUUAUAAAGUAAAACGCCUCUCGUCACGACUUCCUCGGUGCAGCUGUCAGUCAUAAAGACUUAAGAAGGGGCUUUCUCAGAAUCUGUUGGCUCUUUGAGAGGUACGAGAGACUGCUGAUUGCAUUUCAAAAUGUUUGCUUUGCUUUUUGGUAAUUUACAAUAAGGUUAAAUAAUCAUGCAUGCGAGGGAACUAAGCUUUUGAUUUUUAGCUGGGACGAAUGUACACUUAUAACUCAGCGAGGGGUUAACUGAACCUGCCACAUACACGAAGAAAGGAAUGCUUCAAUAACAAUUUGGGACACGGAAAUGAAACACUUUUGAGCAUUCAUUUCUGGCCUUAUGUAUUGAAAAAAGCGAGAGAACUAGUUUGAGAUGAUUUUCAUUUUAUGAGCAAAAUUUCAGUAUUUCUAGACUCAACAAAUUCAAAUAAUUCUUUACUCCAUCAAUUGUCAGAGGACUUUGAACUGGAGCCGAUCCAGCGUUAAACAUGCUUGAUUUGUUACAGUUCUUGUCUAUCGGAAUAUCUUAGCUAGAACGAUAAGGAGUAGAAUUUUGGAAUCGCUAAUAGGUCAUAAUAGAAGAAAUUUUUCUAUUUCAUCGACUGAGUUGCUGGAGGAUAAGGCAGCAACUGCAUUUUAAAGCGGCCUCAAAGCCGAUCGAUAGUCCGGGUGUUGGCACAACUCGUUGCAUAUUCUUUAUUCCUCUUCGGCGAACAACAUUUUGUUGAUAAGAAUAAAAGUGAACUUGAUUCUGCUGGGUUUCUCGUCAAUACGUCUCAGUCUUGCAUUGGCCUGUAUCAUGCACCGAAAUCAGUGCGGCAAUUUACCUAAUUCUUCGUUUUCACUGUCACGCAAUAACCACGGCACAAAAUAACAAGUUGGAAACCGUCUAGUGGAAGAAGCCAAGAAAAUGACAUGUUAUAAAAGGCUAAUAUAUCCAAAUCUCAGGUCUUUGUGGCCCACAGUUCCUGAGUUAUUUGCCGAAACGUUUCACGCACCUUUGUAGAGCUUUGUAUGGAGACGCUAUAUUGGCGGACAGUUUUGGUCCACUAAUACGGCCGCCGGAAAUCAACAAAAACAUCUGGAGUUCACUUUUUCUAUAAAAGCUCUUCCUUUUCACUCGAGAGCUAGCGUAGGUGCGCAUAAACACAUCUUUUAAUACAUGAAAUGGUUAAACUGCUGAAAUCAAUAGACUUUUUUGAAUGAGACAGCAUUCCUAUUUUGGUCACGCACCGUGAAAACUCGGAAGUUCAAAUUGCUGUAUUUUCAAAAUGAAACAUGCUUCGACGGGGCUGGAAACUUGUACAAAGAUUUAUUUUCUAUUUAUCUCCAACCUAGUGUAAAUAAGAAUUCGUAAAACCUCGCUUUUUUUACUACUCAAUUUGAUGACGUCACUGUAAAAUUUAUCACUACCCUUUGGCAAACUCUACCGGACGGCACUUAAUAUUCGGAGAAUGUAUAAAUCAACCAUUUCGCUGAAAUCAAGGAAGAAGCAAGGCGACGAAAGCCAAAACGCGCCAUUUUGCUAUCCUUGAUUUGGGGAAGGGGUCUAAAUAUUCCGUCUAUUUUUGUCAAACAAUUAGUCCCACGCUAUAUCUCGUGUCUCAGGAAACGGUGUCAUGUUGGAACUAAGAUAAAGGAAGGUCGUAACCUGCCGUUUAUGAUAAUGAGGGAUGGAAGUGUCAUUUGUUUCGCCACCUCUCUCCAGAUUAAAGAAAGGUUUUGACCAGUUUAAACCCACAAAAACAAACUUUCGGGAUAACUGCAUGAGUUUAAAGAGCUCCUAAAUUUUUUUCUUCAAUUCAGCUUUGACCACUGAAAAAUUCAUGCUUUGACCACUGAAAAACAGGCUAUCCACACAUUGUUCUAUUUGUUCAGUAAAUAUUCCACACAGGGCUACGGACAGGACUGACUGAGUAUAAAGCUACGUGCGAACGGAUGCAACAACUCCGAACAUUGUUGGGCCAACAAUGUUGGGAGCUGUUGCUUACGUUUGCAAAACGGUUGGCAAACGGACACAGCAUGUAACAUCUAACAAUUUUGGGAGUUGUUGACCAAAAAAGUUGCAUCCGUUUGCAAGGGGCUUGAAAGAGAGUAACAAGUGUUAAAAUUGAGAAAAGCCCAAGUUUAUAUGAUUGCACUCGUAACAUUGUGUCUAACAGCUACCUAUCAAAAAUGUUGUAUUAAAUGAGCGAACUGCCCCAUUCUUUCGAAUACUUGAUCGAUGGGGAGUGAAGAUUCCAAACGGGUUUUUACAGUGUUUGUGAUAAGGGCCGGAUUUGUGGUAGAAAUUCCCUGUAUUGUUUUUCGGGAAUCAAACACGGCCUAAAUUAUUUGAAUUUUUUUCCUUUAUUUUUUUCAGCACCAUGGGCAGGAAGAAUGACAGAAAGAAAUGGAAAAAGGACUUCGAUAAACACCUCGGGGGAAAUAAAGGUAUGGCUCUAAAACCGUGAUUUAGAUGUUAUUAUGCUGUACAAACAAGAACAAACUGUAAGGCCCCGUGUAAAAGGACGCAACAUUGUUGGCCAACAACUCCCAACAUCGUUGGAUGUAACAUGUUGCGACCGUUUUCACACAGUGUUGCAUGUUGUUGGAGGUUGUUACGGAAGGUUUGAAUUUUUGAGCCAAGAACUCCCAACAUUUCUGUUGUUCCGCGAUCGCCGAAGCGUUGCGCAGCAAUGUUGGAUCCUUCCAACAACACAAAUGUCUCAAACGUCUUAUGGGUUGUAUCCUUCCCACAAUGAACAACAGGUCCCAACAUUAUUGGGAGUUGUUACAUCCGUUUGCAUACCACUGCCAACGCGGACGUAACAACUCCCAACAUUUGUUGGCGCAACAUCAAUAUUGGUAGUUGUUUGAAGCCCCACGCAAACUGACGGAAAAUUGUUGACCAACAACUCCCAACAUUGGUGGAUGUUACAUGUUGCGUCCGUUAACACACCCUGUUGCAUGUUGUUGCGUGUUGUUGGGAGUUGUUGCGCAAAGUUUGAAACCGGUCAAACGAAACUACGUGCACACGGACGAAACAUCUCCCAACAUUGUUGGAUCAACAACCUUGGGAGUUGUUUCGUCCGUUUCCACGUAGCUUAAUAGCUAACAUUUAUGGCCAAAGUUCAAAGACUGCUAGCAAAGCAUAUUAUGACACGCUUGGUAACCGAUUAGAGAGCCACCUAGUGGAAAUGCUGAAUAAAGCCAUUAUUAUGAUUAUUAUCUUAUUAUUAUGUGAACUUGAUCAAGGUAAUAAGUAGAAAUUACAGAUGUGUGAAAUUUGUAAAUCUCUCCAUGAGCUCUCUUGACGUUUUCUCCGACGAAUGCUCCACGUUCUUAGACACGAUGAAUGAUAUUGGCAUUGACAAAAAGCAGCAACUUUAUAUAAUCAAGAAAAUGAUAAAUAUAGCCAUUAGAGCAACAUAUUACGUCUUUUGUUGUAGAAAUAGGAAUUGGGAUAGCCCAAACUUGACGCAAAUUUGUUUUUCUUUUCUUCUUCUUUUUUUUUUUAAUAAUUCAAUCUCAGGCAGCAUUUGUAAAUUGCCUAUACGUAGCGACAUUUACAAUUGUACUUUCAAAAACACAAAUAAAGUUUCCAUUAUUUAUAUUAUUAUAGAGUCAGAAGAACCAUCAGAACAAUCCCAGCAAGGAAAAGAAAACCCAUCACCAACUGAAGGUGCCUGUGGAACUAUUGCAGACGAAAAACAAGGUAACUGCACCGACUGCAGCGGAAUGCAUGAAGAAUUGUCUUAUCCAAACAAUAGAAAUAUCGUUUCUAAGCAGUAAAUCUUACACUCGUUAUGAACCUCGUAUUAAAUUGGAUACCUGCUUUUAUGCUUUCUACGGGUUGCUGACUGAGUCAAUCAAUUUGUCCGCAUUCUCUUUACGUGCUGGUUAUUUUGGAUAAAAACACCACGAUUACCGUAAUCGAAGAACUGAAGAACGUCGAAGAGGGAACUGUUGGUUACUUUCUAAGGAAAGAUAGAAAAAAGACUCAAGCUCUCGAUUGUUAAAACCGCGAGGUAUAUUCAUCGCUUAAGUUAUGUUUGCGUCAAAAAGUUUACUGGACUUUAGGUACAGCGCAGCAAGCGAUUACAAUCAACUCUCGCCUUGCGGACACCUCGCUAUUACGGACACACCGCUAAUAUGGACAGCUGCUGAAUCACCCCCGGCGAAAAGUAUAGACAUUUGACUGAAACAAACUCCCCCUAUUACGAACUUACGGACACCUUUCUUGGUCCCGAAAGCAAAUUGAAUUUUAUUGGUCCACCUCUCCUUUUAACAGACAUCAAUCAGCAUCUUUCGACAUUUAAGCAGAAUCAAUUAUAAUUUAUUUCAUAAGCAAGCAACUUCCAUGUACUCGUGUCACGGCGUUUUCACAGACCAGUUUAGACCGGUUUGGGGGCGACUAUAGAAUAUCUUCCUACAAACCAGUCAACAAACCUACAGACCCCUAAAAAUGAUGAUUUUUGGUUUUUAAUGGCGUUAUGUUCUCCAUUUUCACGGAAAAAAGUGCCUUAAAAUGUGUCUAAAAAUAGGUCCGCAUUGCGUACACGUGCCUAGUGCGAAUUUAUAUCAUUGAAAAAUGUAGUUAUAAUGGGAAGAGUUAGUUUUGUCAGUGCUCUGUUGGUUAGUUUUCAAAGUGUAUUGCAAAGAGAGUUUGAUUCAGCCGGAUUGAGCCUAUCUGUUUCUGUGAAUAGCCUCUCCAUCUACGGUGUCUUUUUGAAAAUUUUCUCAGAGUAGCCGGAGCUUUGCCUUUGCCUUUGAUGGUGCCAUUCUUUACCCCUAAUUCUUGGGUGGCAAGAUGAGAAGCGUGUAUUCUGAAAUAAUGAAGGUGGCUUGAAGCGUGUUCCCAGAUCCGGGCAUUAACAUUUUUAACACUUUUCUCCGUUGAACACAAUUAUAUCUUGAAAUAAACAUUUUGUUCUCAAAGAUUUGCUGUGUAAAUUUAAGGUGUUUCGAUACAGUUUUUUGGUGGCCAUACCGAUAUUUUUCAAUCGCCUUCAAAGUGAUUUUAUCCUCUUCCGAUCACUAUGAAAUUUUCGCCACUGAUUGAUUUUGGAUUGAAGUUUGUCAAAAUGUAGUUUUAAGUAUCACUAUGACAACAAUAAACAAAAAAGUUUGAAGUCAAUAAAGGCCGACUUUUGAGCGAUUGAGACCUGCUACUGAAAAGUCGACACCAGGAACUUUAAGUGUGGUGUUUAGCAAAUAACUUCCGUGAGAAGUAAAAAAUUCUGUAUGUUUGAAUUCAAAUAAAACUUACAUAUAUUUCAAACAUUAUAUUUUCAAUAGCCGUAACAAAUUAUUUCAUAAAAAAGUUCUAAAUAACUCAAAUUAAUCUAAGUAGCAUACGAAUGCUGCGUAAUAUCAUAUUUCGCUGCUAGGAAAUUUUGGUGUAUUUUCUUUCUAUUUUUUUCUUUCUUUCUACUUUCUUUUUUAUCCUUUUCCGAUUACUAUGAAAUUUUCACCAUUCAUCGGAAAAGGAUAAAAUCACUUUUAGGGCGAUUAAAAAAAAUGGGCAUGGUCUCCGAAAAACUGUAUCCAAAUAGAGAAUACUUCAUGGAAAGUGCUGGCGCACGGUAUUUACGCAGGAGUUGCGCUCACUCGUUCGAUUUCUGAUACAAAAACAACGAGUGCGUAAAUACCGUACAAAGCACUUUCCAUGUGGUAUUGUGUUUAUUAUAUACAAACUGAGACAUUCAUCAUUUUGGCGGCCUUUUUAUUUUAAAUCUUUCAAAAAUGCUAAAAUUUGCCGCUACACACUUACCGCAAAAUGACAACGAAAACGAAGUAUCAGCUUUUUAGUACAAACGUUUGUUAAAAACAUAAAUGACGGUAAGGAUAUGAGGUAAUCCAAGAACUAUAAGUAAUCUUAACUGUUUGUUCUAAUGCACAAUUGAAAAUGAGUGAAUUUAAGUAAAAUGGCCGGUUUCAAUAUAAGCUUAAGCUCAAAUGAAUGGCAAAGUAGCUCCGACAAAAAGCACAACAAAAGCUUACGUCUCGUUCUGUUUUUCCUUUUCGCUGUUGUUUCGCCGGCUCUCUACCGUUUUCUUUAUCGACAGUGAAACAAACGAAACUAUUCCACUCCAUUUCCGAAAUGUUUUUCACUUUUUUAGCGAGAAAAACUCUUUGAGUAAAACGUUUCUCGUUGAAUGUCUGCGAAGCGGCGCUGCAAGCUGCAAUAAAAGGCAGGAAUUUUGGCGCGAAACUCACACACCUCUGUGGCUUCUGAUUGGACGUAUCAUUUUUUUCACGUGUGAAAACCAUCGUUCGCUCCUCUGAUUUUCUAGAACUAAUUUGCGUACGAAAAUUUACGACAUAGCUUUUUGGUCAGUAUUUCUCAGUAUAUAUAUAAUAAACACCUUAACAUUACUAGCGUGAUGAUUAUUUGCUUGUUCAAUGAACUGCGAUUUUUGGUCUCUUUCAGUAUUCCAGAAAGUCGUUUGCAUCAGGAGCCUAAAAAGGCUCCCGUUUGUAUACCUUUUUCAACAGACUGGCUUUAUAGCCAAAAGUUCUUAAGUUUGAGUGCCCUAUCGAGUGACUGUUUGCACAUUAUGCAUCUAUAUAGUGUAGGAUAACAACAAUAAGAAGAUUCAAAGAAAAAAAAACAAAUAAGAUAGCCAUGAAAUAAAAAUGGAUUCCCACAUACAAACAUCUGUUGCUUAUGCUCUUGAUAAUUAUCUUUAAAGGUUAAAGUACAACCGGCACCAAUUGCUCUUGAGACUUUUUAAGGUUGCUCUCCCUUUGCCGCGACCUUUCACCCUCUAAUUUGAAUUGGUUCCGAUUAUUUCUUUCUUUGAUCGAAUAUCCUAAAACUACUCAAGAUUAGCCGAAAAGUCUCACUUAUGGCUCACAUAGUUGCACAUUCCAAGCAUACCUAAAUGGUUACACGUUCCAAACAUAUGUGUGCUAACGCUUUGGUCCCCCUUCAUGUAAGUAGUAAAAUAAUGUAUAGCUUAUAGGGUUGUUUUGGCUGUUACGUCAUAAUUUGAGAUUAAUUAUAUGAGGUACUUAGACGAAUUUUCUACACUCUCACAUAGUGUCUGCGUGCUUCACACUAGACACAAAAAUAAUCGAUCCGUGAAAACGCCGUGACAUAGACCUAGUAUGGGAGUUGCUCACUCCGGGUUAUGGACCCCUGUUCUCGUUCAACAUGCUUCUUCUAAGAAACUAUCGUACGUACUUGCAAAAAACAAUCAUGAUGUACUUAAUGUACAUAAUUGGAUUUUUUAGUACCGUACUUUAUGGUUUUUGUGUCACUACAUUAAUUUCAAUGACUGUUGUGGUGAACGAAAGGGAGAUGCAAGUUCAGUUCUAUUACGAUUUUUUUGUUUUUGUUUCGGUAAAUAAGUAAAGUUCCAACGCUCUUGAUACGCGAAAACUGCACUACAAUUGGUUCUGGAGAGACAUGAGUAAAUGUAAUUCCUCUAACAUCAAGAAAUUUAAUUUUUCUUGCACCCCGUAAUUACGGACUCUCGCCAUUACAGACACUAAACCACGGUCCCCAGGGUGUCCGUAAUAACGGGAAUUGACUGUAAAUGGCCAGCAUAAAAUUUUUCUUCGUUUCUUCAGAUGAUAGCCACCCAAAAGAGGACAAAAAAGGCCGAUUGGGAAGAAAGGAUGAAAACAGAAAAGGACGAAAUCAAGGGAAAAGAAAAACUAGACAAGGUGAGUAGAAGAUCACUUAUCAACUAUUUAUGACUUCGAGAUAACCACUUUCCUAUUGAUUCCUUCCAGUCUUCAUAAAAACUGAGCAACACAAAAUUAAACUAACAGAAAUAUCCUUUCGAAGGCAGAUGUUUUGGACUUCGCCUUUAAAGACACAAAACUAUUUAUAGAAAAAACGGCAUUAUAAACCCUUCCAUUUGCUUAGUUAGUGGCGUUCGUAUCUCUGGCGAUUAAAAUAAUAGAAAUUUAAAAAACUUGGACUUCCUUUGCUUACAGGCAGCGUGCAUAUAGCACUAAGACCAGGGUGGCAAAGGAGUUUUCCGUGACUCGUGAUAGGUCACAAAUUGUCAGCUUGAUACGUGAUCGGGCUCAAAUCAGCUGCGUGAGGCGUGAUUGGACAUAGUUGCCUUUUCAGCUGGGUGGUGCGUGAUUUGCUAUAUUCACAACGUGUGACGAGUGAAUUUCCUAAUAGAUUUCCGUGAUUGGUGAACAUCAUUUGAAACAAGAAGCACAGAUAUUAUUGAUAGAUUGCCAUGUUAACUUACUGCAGUUGCACCUCAUUUACAUUUAUUUAUUUAUUUAUUUAUUUAUUUAUUUAUUUAUUUAGUCACUCACAAAAUCUUAUACAACAUGAAUAAAAGUUGUUAAUUAAAUUAUAAAAUUAAUGUGACAAGGAAGCCAAACGAAGCUUGAAGCUUAUAUUAAUAUGCUUCCUUCAACUACCUAGUGAACUAAAUUCACGGCUGAGUGCAGAGUGAACAAGAGCAGAAAAUUAAGCGACAGAUCGGCUGUCAGUGAGAUAAUUCUUUGAAUUUUUUUUAAAAACAAAUAUAGAAGGAGAGCUAAUUAGUGAAACAGGCAACGAAUUCCAGAUUUUAGGUCCUCAGUAAAGGAUACUGAAUUGCUUUAUAUUUGUUCUACAAAAAUGAGGUCUAUACUGAGAGGCUAGUCGAGUUUCGUAUUGAUUGACUUGAUUACUACUUAAGAACAAGUCAUUAAAGCUACUAGGCAAAAGAUUAUGGUGAUAAGAAUACAUAAAGGUAGCGACAGAAAAUGAAUUAAUACUAAAUAUGUCAAGGACUUUAAGCUGGCUAAAUAAAGGGGCGGUAUUUGCUAGAUAGUGAGCUUUUGUGAUGAGCUGCACUAGAUGCUUUUGCAAAAGGUAGUUACAGUUUAGGUUGGAACAGUAGGUGGAGCAGGGGCACCCAACGUCAAUUUUCGGAAAUAUCUGUUCGGAAGACGAUUUGAGAUCUCGAAUUUUCGGAACAUUUGUUGUAAAAUUUCUUGCUUGCCUGCCUCUCCUAGGAUUUUCGAACAUCUCAAAAAUGGUAUAAUUGCCCAUUUUUAACGGAGGUCACCUAGAAUUUUCGGGAGCCUUUUUUCUGGCUGAAAUUUUCGAAAAGGUAAGUUUUGAUCCCUAUAAUUUUCGGAUCACUAGACUUUCAGCUAGGAAAUCCGAACAGAUGAAAACCUUUUAGGGGAUAAAAAUAUGCCUAUAUCUACCGUUUAAAUACUAAAAUACGUUUAACAACGCUAUGUUUAAUUGUUUUGAGCUAUAUUCUCGUUGGGUGCCCCUGGUGAAGGACCAGGCGACAGUAUGUUAAGAAAGGAUGUAAACGGGAUUAAUAUGACGCGUGAUGGCUAAUUCAGUUUUCCACGUGAAGCGUGACUGCCCCAAAAAGUCAGCAUGAUCGUGAUAGGUACCCGUCCUCUCCUUGCCACCCUGUAAGGCUAGUGGGGACGAGCAAAUGACGCCCAAAACUCAUUGCAAGAAAAAUAACAAGUUUAGGAAUCCCAACUGGCCGGAGAUGCCACUAGUUAGAAAUAAACAAGCGUGGUCGAGGAGUUGAAUCAGUCACGCAGGAUUACAGGCCAAGUCUCGAGCGCUUUGAACGCUCGGCCAUGUGAUACUUCCAAUUAAAUAUAGGCCCCUUUCUCAUACAAACUCCACAUCUUCAAGUUUUCAAUUGCUUUAAAUUUAUGAGAGAUUUAAACAAACAGAAUUAUACUCAGAGUCGUGUCAAAAAAAUCAAUUAGCAACAAAAUAGUUCAUUUUUAUUAGAUCACCAUGCACCUUGGUACUCACCGCUCCCCUAGCAUGUUUAGUGUCUAAUGCCUUUUAGCUUGAAGAUUAAAGUUGUAGCUUUUAGAGUCAAUUCUGGUAUUCUUACUUUACAUUACUAGUCCUUAAAUUGAAGGGAGCUUCAUUGUUUACUUUAAUUUAUUAAACAGCUCCAGCAGAACAACAGGAAGGAACACCAUACGGAUCAUCAUCUCAAAGCCAACACUGGGCAGAAGGAGCUGGUAAUAAACCGGUUGUAAAACAAGAAAAAGGUUAGAGAAACUUAACACACCCUGGUAACAUCACUAUGUGACCAAUGUAUAUGAAAUAAAUCAUAUAUGAGAACUGCGGAAAUGAAACAUCACUAUAUGUUAACAAAGCAUCACCAUAUUAAUAAAAGAGCAGACAAAAAUCACACUUAAGACACUAAAAGGAUCCAUAAACUGUGAACUAAUGACAAAAAGAUUUAAGCAAAACAAAACUCGAUAUUUUCUCCCACACCUAACGAAUUUUCCCCUUGAGGUAUUGGUUACCUCGAAGGUGCUGAUUUUAUAGGGGAACAAAUUAAUGUAAUUCGCCCCGUUAUUUAGAUGACCACGUCAACAAACAGGAUAAGCAUGGUAUCCGUGGACGGGGACGUGGACGUGGACGAGGAGCAUCACAGGAGCACGGGAAAGACGAAGCAAUGCCAUCGAGAGGAAGAGGAAAGCCUCACGGUAUGAAAAAACGAUACAUUACUUCUGCUUACCCGACAAAUUCCUUCCAGGAAUUUUGGACGGCUUCUAUCUGUUAAAACUUUAUAUAGGGUACUCACCGGAAGAAAAAUAUACGAAACCAGGAUAGUGAAGUCAAAUCCAACUGCAUGCACCCAACCCCCUCGGGCCACUGCGGGCAUUUGCCUACCUUGUCAGUCCCGGGGAUGGGACUUUAGCAAAUUUUGCGUUGCCCGGGGGUAGGGCAUUUGCCUACCUCGCGGCCACUCCCGAGCUUUUGACACCCUAACCACGUGGUUUCCUAUCCUGAUACAGUCGAACCUCCUCUGCACAUCUACCUUAUGGAAAAUAAUUACGACUCGUGUAAUUCCAUGUUGUCGCUAAAGUUCUUCGUAUAUUCCAAGUAGCAUAGUGCACACAGCGAACAUAGAGAUCAGAGAAUGCGUCAAGUGGUCGCUUACUUGAGGUUAAAAACAAUGGAAAAUCAUAAACCAUCAGGCCAAAAAAGUGGACGCAGUCGCUUGCAGGAGGUGGUUGUUUACUAGAGGCUCCAACUGUAAGGCUGUGACUGGAAAAAUGUUGGUGUUUUGGAAAGGCGGUCGUUUAUGAGAGGUGUUCGCACAUGGAGGUUCGACUGUAUAACUAAACAUGGAGGAUUUUACCAGCAACACAAGCAAAUUGGCCGAUUGGCUCAUCUAUCAAGGACGCGAAAAACUUCUAGAGGUUUUAAAGGCAUGUUUUCUCGAUUUUAUGAAGGCAUUUCUUCAUUGCUUAUCAAGAUAGAACUUACACUGCGAAAUCGAGAGCUAUCGACGUUCGUGAAUCGACGUUUUUUUCAUUGAAUUUUUUUUUUAUCUAGGAUUUGAAUUAAAUAUAGGGGUAAUAAUUUUAAUACUUCUAUGAUCAUGUAUGAUCAAUCCAUUAUUUGAGGAACUUCCUUUCAAGUUAUUAAACUAUUUAGAACAGAUAGCUUUACACACUAUCAUUGAUUUUAAUUUUAUGACACUUUUUUGCCUACGAACUAUUUAUAACGAGAUAAAUAAUGAUAAAAUAAGUAUUAUGUUUUAACUGGUUUUGUCGCGGCUUAAUAAGAAUGGCCCUAUUACAAAGGCAGACGUUGUCUUAAACGAAAAAUUUCACAUUAAAAAUUUAAAGUCACAAGUGGCACUAUUCGACUCUGCGGUCAAUGAAAACUAGUACUACAGUGUGGAUUGAGGACGGCGCAUUUGCUCUCUAUUUUGAUUUCGUCCCCACCGCGGGGCAUUUGGUAGCUCGUGUCCCAGCCCCCGAGAAUUUGCCAUCCAAGGCAAAAAAAAGGCUAAUGCCCUGAGGUUAGCCCGGGGAGGGCUGGGCGCAGUUGGAUUUGACGGAUUUGAGGAAACUUUCAACAGCAGCUUCAUCAGAGGGAACUGAGCUACCUUUUUGUUCGUGACGUAUCUUAUAAGCCAACUGCCCGUAAAUAUUAGCUUGCGUAGUUGGAGGAGUUUGUCCCGCGUAAGCGCUUCAAUCCACUGAUGCGUUUGUUGCUUUUGUUUAGUCCGUAAAUCAGCAAAAACAAUGGGGAUGAGUACAAAUGGGAUCCCUGGCAGCUACGCCCUUCGCUGGGCGUGGAGGCGGCUCUGCUAAAAAGCACUGCCAGCUACGCAGGCUAUUAAAUAAUGCCGUCACACAGAUUCGUGUUCGACCAUCUCAUCUUGCGUAACUUUCAAUUCGCAAGAUUGUUCUGGUUAAGAAAACUCUUAACAAUAUGAAAGGCUACCACCUUAAGUGUAUUGCAUUUUAACGAAUACGUGUUAGCAUAGAACAGAGUAGCUUCCUCUAGAAGAAAAAUUUUGUGCAUUUAUACUCUUCUCCCAAUUCAGAUAAAACAAACCAAGAUCAACGGCCUGGAAAGCUCGGACCAAUGAAUAAGAACUCUGGUUUUUCAACACAGCCCAAUAUACGGCCCACUGUUCGAGGAGUGUUACCAGUAAAAAUGGUCUCAUUGGACCCUAAGACUUUGAAAGAGAAGGAUAGCAGAGAGGUCCUGAACACUCUGAACGAAGGAAUGGGUAGGCUGAAGUACCUCCUACAAUCGACCGAGAAGCAGCACAACAGCGAUGAAUUUAUCUAUGAUUUAACUUGUACUUUAGCGAGGGCCUGCGAAGCGCCAUCAGGGGAGAAUACGAACAAGAUUCUAGCUGCGCUUAAAGGCUGUGAUUUCUUAACUUUAAAGAUUCCUAGUUUUCUUGAUCGUGUCGACGCAUCAGAGAUCUGGGAUGACGACGUUUCUCUUCAGAGACUCAUCGAAUGUCUUAUUGUAGUUUUCGUGAAGUACCUGACAAUCUUGCCUCGUUCAUAUGCUGACCCGCCCUAUGAUAAGCUGAAAUUAGCCUUAAGUAAGUCAACCAUUGAAACAAAGAAUGAUUUACAGAAAAAGUUAGAAGCAUUUAAAGAAUCCAGAGAUAGCAUCAUCAAGAGUGAAAGAGAAAAGCAAGGAAAACGUUACAGAGUUGGAGAUAAACCACCAAACGAUUUCAGAGAUUUGCCAAUAUAUCCCAUGAGUGAGGAAAUCACAACUCAAGAACGACCUUUCCUACGGAUGAAUAUUUCAAAGGGAAGGUACGACAAUGUUGAACACUAUCUUGAUGUUCAGUUUCGGCUUCUGCGAGAAGACUUCCUUGAGCCACUAAGGGAAGGUAUCGGUGAAGUCAUUCUAAAGGUGCCACGACAACAGCGCAAGCAAUCAAUGAAAAAUUACCGCAGCGUACGAAUCAUCGGCAAGGAACUCGCGGCGGACAGUGGUAUUACUUAUCAAGUCAAAAUCGAUGUUUCCGGAUUUAACACGAGCAGGUGGUCAGAUUCUAAACGACUGUUGUAUGGGUCCUUUCUGUGCAUUUCAAAAGACAACUUUAAAACCAUGCUUUUCGCCACUGUUUCCAAACGAGAACCAGAGGAACUGAAGAAGGGGCGUAUCGACAUUCAGUUUAUCGAAGAGCAAGAUGUCUUUGGGAUCGAGAGCCGCAAUCACGUUUACCAGAUGGUUGAGUCGCCAGCCUAUUUUGAAGCUUAUCGUUACGUUCUUAAAGGAUUAAAGGAGUUAGAUGAAACAACUAUGCCAUUUAAAAAAUAUCUGGUUGAAUGCAGUGCCGAAGUUGAUCCACCGGAAUAUCUAAGACGGAAUGAGAAAGAGGCGCCAGUAUGUUUUGACCUAAUGGACGCCCUUGACGUUCCAGGCAACAAAAACGCCAAAGAGGUACCUGUUCUCACGCCUGAAGCUUGGCCCUCAGUUGCAACACUUCCACUCAACAGCUCCCAACUAGAAGCGUUGAGGACAGCAAUUACAACUGAGUUUUCCGUUAUCCAGGGUCCACCAGGAACAGGGAAGACUUACGUUGGAGCCAAAAUUGUAAGAUGCUUACUAGAAAAUCGACGCACCUGGGAUCCCCUGCGCUUAUCACCGAUGUUGAUGGUUUGUUUUACGAACCAUGCGCUGGAUCAAUUCCUGGAAAAGGUGUUAGAGUUUCUUCCACAAAAAGAGAUAAUUCGUGUUGGACAAAGAAGCAAGAGCCCAAAGCUUGAAGCUUGCAAUCUGAAACAUUUUACUCAGGAAUGCAGGGGUGGGGCUGAUUUGAGAGAGAUCAAAACAAUGAUAAUGCAAAAGGAGAAAGAGCGAGAAGACUGGAAGAAACAUCUCGCAAAAGCAGGCGAUAAACUGCUAGGAUUUGAUGAAUUGGAGGAUGUGUUAAAUUCAGAUCACGUGGACCAACUAUACAAUGCCAUUUUCCCUUCCAAUUCAAAAUACAAGUACCGAUCAGCAGGCGAUACGUUCAUAUUAUGGCUUUGCGACGACGAGCUGCUGCGGUCAAGCAACCAAAAUACAACAGAGGAAUCGCCUACAGCAGUUUCCCAGGUAUCUUUCUUUCAAGACAUUGGUACAGGUGAAGAAGUUGUUAAACCGUCGUUUUUCUUUGCCUCACAAGAUUACGAAAGCGACAGUCGAGGAGCAAAAGCCUUUGUAAAACGUGUUCCUUUGUUUGCUAAUGAUCCCCCUGCUGCAACGGAUCCUUGGGCACUAAUAUAUUCAGAUGAGCUUACUUCAGAUACUACAGAAUUGACGAAUAAUGACUGUGCCUUAAAAAAGGAAAGCUGCGUUGACAGAGCUGAUGAAGUAAACGGAGCUGGAGAGGAGACCAUCGCAAUAGAAAAAGAUGCUGAUUUCAUGCAAUGUCAAAGACCCCUACCAUUUGAAGAAGAUCUCUCCGACGUUGUAACUGAAGAAGCGUAUGACCUGGAGAGUGUAGAACAGGAUACGAUGGGCGCCCAUGACGAAGACAAUGAAGAAUGGACCACUGUAACAAACAAAAGAAAACAAAAAAGAAAAAAUAAAUUUGCCUGGUUACAAAAAGAAAAUGAAGGUUUCAAAGAAAGGUCGUCAAACAUGGGAGCUACCGAGAAGAAAAAGCAAGACGCCACCAAAAUCCUCAACGAAGUAGGUAUUUCCAAACUAAAAGAUCAGCUCAAAAACGAAAUAAUGAUGUCUCCUGAGGAAGCGAUGAACGUUGGAAACAUCUGGAACUUGACAAAAUCGCAACGGCUUCAACUCUACCUCUUUUGGAUCGAGAGCUACCGUGAUCGCUACAGAGUAGAGAUUCAGAGAAGUGAACAGGAUUUUGAAAAGCUUUGUGAGGAGCUAAAGGAGGUGAGAUUUAGAGCUAAAGAAGAGGUGUUACGCCGGGCUACCGUUAUCGGAAUGACUACCACUGGAGCAGCUAGACAUCACUCAGCCCUACAAAGGAUAGCUCCACGAAUUGUGGUUAUUGAAGAAGCCGCUGAGGUAAUGGAAUCGCACAUUAUUACUUCUCUUUCGCACAACACAAAGCACACAAUUCUCAUCGGAGACCACAAACAGCUCCGCCCUAAGGCAACUGUGUAUGAGUUAGCCCACAAGUACAACCUGGAGGUCUCACUGUUUGAGAGGAUGGUGAUGAAUAAUGUGGAUUGUAAGUGUUUAUCUACACAACAUCGAAUGCGCCCUGAGAUCGCCGCUCUGACUAAAAGAAUCUACGAUCACGAAAUCAUAGAUCACACGUCAGUGUGUCAGUUUGAGGACAUAUCUGGAGUUUGUAGGAAUCUCUUUUUCAUUAAUCAUGGUGAACAAGAAAAACAUGAACCUGGCCUACAAAGUUACUCUAACCCUCAUGAAGCUUCAUUCUUGGUAGCCCUUUGUAGGCACCUUCUACUUCAAGGACACAGCAGAGGCCAAAUCACAAUUUUAACCAUGUAUAUUGGUCAGUUAUUACUCCUCAAAGAGAUUAUGUCAAGAUAUGAAUUUAGUGUCAGGAUUUGCGUUGUUGACAACUUUCAAGGUGAAGAAAAUGACAUCAUUCUUCUUUCGUUGGUAAGAAGCAAUUCCGACCGUUCCAUUGGAUUUCUAGGUGAGUCCAACAGGAUCUGCGUCGCCCUUUCACGAGCCCGAAAAGGUCUCUAUUGUAUUGGAAACUUUAGUCUUCUGAAAAGCAAGUGCAAGCUUUGGAAAGAAAUAUGUGAUGAUUUAGAAACCACGGGAGCCAUUGGUUAUAGUCUACAACUGAUUUGCAAGAGACACAACAAUGUAACGAGUGUACAAAAUGCAGGCCAGUUUAAUCCAUCUGGAGGAUGCAAUAUGCCUUGUGGGGAUCGUCUAGAUUGUGGCCAUGCUUGUACCAUUCCUUGCCAUACAAGAAGACAUCCGAAAAAUUGUCUCAAUAGGUGCGUCAGUAAAUGCUUUAAUGGGCAUCAGUGUAAAGAGAAGUGUCACUAUCCAUACAAAUGCCCACCGUGCUAUCAGCAAAUGCCAAAGACAGUACCUAAAUGUGAUCAUGAACAGCUUGUACCAUGUAGUAUGGACCCUGAAAAGUUUUCUUGUCGGGCGAAAUGUGAGAAGGAGCUACCAUGUGGACACCCCUGUGAAAAACCAUGUGGACAGUUAUGCACAACAGAGUGUCGAGUAACAUGUGAAAAAUCAUUACCAUGUGGACACGAAAAAAGCAUGCUCUGUUUCCAAGAUCCAGUCUUUUAUAACAAGUGCACGAAAAGCUGUACCAAACUUCUGGCAUGCGGUCAUCCUUGUUCAAGGAAGUGUAAACAAUCAUGCCAAUGUAAUACUACGAUUGAAGUCCAGAUGUCGUGUAAACACUGGACACGUGUCUUGUGCCGCGAAAAAGAUUUCCCAAGUGCGUGUUACGAAAAGUGCGAACGGGUACUAAACUGUGGCCACAACUGUCCAGGAAUCUGCCAUGAAGACUGUGGAACGAAGCGAUGUAAAAUAAUUGUCGUAAAGGAUCUUCCAUGUGACCACCAGCAGGCUGUUCCUUGCUUUCAAGACCCCAAAGAUGCAGUUUGUUUCGCGCCCUGCCCACGGCAACUUGAUUGCGGCCACAAUUGUUCUUCUGCAUGUGGCCGUCCAUGUCACGAAGUUCGAUGUAAAGAGCUUUGUAAAAAGCCAUGCGCGAGAGGUCACCCCUGCCAAAACCGAUGCCAUUCUAGUACACCUUGUAGUCACUGUACGGUGAAAGUAGAUAUUACUCUUCCUAAGUGUGGCCACAACGUCAACAGCCCAUGCUACGUCGAUCCAUCUUCACUGAUGUGCGUACAACCAUGCGAGAGAGUGAGAAAAGACUGUGGCCAUCCUUGCAAAGAAAUCUGUCAUAAGAACUGUGAAGCUAGACCAUGCAAGGAACCUGUAACCAGAAGACUACCAUGUAACCACGCCGUUAAUUUGCCCUGUCACAAGAACCCCGAAAAGUUUGUUUGCAAGGAAAAAGUGGAGGUGCAUCUUGCAUGUGGACAUAAAACAUUCGCGGAGUGUCAUGUCAAACAGGCUGGAUUAGAGCAUGUCUUGUGUAAAGAAAGAAUGGAGAAGAGGUUGGGCUGUGGCCAUACGAUCAUUCUUCCGUGCUUCAAAACGCCUAAGGAUUGCAUUUGCAGAAGGAAAGUCGAACUGGAACUACCAUGUGGACAUACGAAGCCUGCUCGAUGCUCCACUAUAUCCGGAGGCUUACCAAAUGACGUUUGCACAGUUAAAGUUUCAAGAGCAUUAGCAUGUGGACACGAAUCAACCCUUCCGUGCCAUAUAAACCCACUGGAGUACAGCUGUCAAGAAGACAUCGAAAUAUUACUUGAUUGUGGACACCACAAACGUAUUAUUUGCUGUAACGUCCAGGGUGAGAUGCAAAAUCAAAUGUGUACCACCAAUGUGUGGAAAAGAUUACCCUGUGGCCAUGAAAAGCUCACGAAAUGUUCAAGCAAGAUAGAUGAGGUAUUUUGUGAUGCCCCUUGUGAACGCUUUCUUUCAUGUGGUCAUCCAUGCUCUCAUAAAUGUGGAGAACAGUGCGAUAGCUUUAACUGCCUUGUUCAAGUUGAAAAAGACUUGACUUGUGGGUACCACGGGAUGUUUUGUUUUUGCUCUAAAGAUGUCUCUCAGCUUAUUUGUUCAAAUCCAUGCAAACGAAAUUUGAAAUGCGGUCACCCAUGUCCAGGAAAAUGCUUCGAAGAAUGUAGUCAGUACCAGUGUCAAAAGAUGGUGGUGAAGAAACUCAAUUGUGCAGGAAAUCACUCUCGUAAGAUGUACUGCAAAGACGACCCCAAGAAUGUAGCAUGCCAAAAGGAGUGUACACAGUUACUAGCCUGCGGUCACCCGUGCCCGGGUGAUUGCAGUCAGCCAUGUGAACGUUUCAGGUGCAAGCGUCGAGUAGAGAAAACAUUUGAUUGUGGUCACAAGGAGCAACUUCAGUGUUUUCAACUAAAGACUGCUACCUGUACUGCACCUUGUCCCCGUCGCGAGAAUUGUAAACAUCAGUGUAAGGGUGUCUGUGGGCAACCCUGCGAAAAAUACCCAUGUCAAGUAGAAGUGCGCAAGACCCUCAAGUGCGGGCACAAAAUAACAAUCCGUUGUAGCGCAUCUGUUGAUGACGUACGAUGCUCUAGUGACUGUGGGCAAAAGCUACCAUGUGGUCACUAUUGUUCUGGUACAUGUGACGAAUGCAACCAAAGAGGUUCACAUGAAAUAUGCGAACAUCCUUGUGGCCGACUUCUCAUUUGCUGCCAUCGCUGUCAAGCGAAAUGCAGCGAGCCUUGCCCGCCCUGUAACAAAAAAUGCGGUCGACGUUGCCCUCAUACAAAAUGUACCCGAUCUUGUUCGCAGUCGUGUACACCUUGCAAAAAACCCUGCAAAUGGAGUUGUCCUCAUUACACAUGCAACAAUCUUUGUGGAGAGGAAUGUGAUCGCCCGCGAUGUAAUGCUCCAUGCCCUAAGAGGCUUCCUUGUCGCCACCCGUGUAUUGGUUUGUGUGGGGAAAACUGUCCCACUGUGUGCGCCAUUUGUCAUGCCAAAAAGCUUCGUCCAAAAGCUCCUAAAACAACAGAAAACAUUAGGUACCUGCAACUUUUUGAUUGUGGUCACAUUGUGGAGGUUGACGUGAUGGACCGUUGGAUGCUACGUGACCUGGGAAGUGACGUUCGACUAAUUCACUGUCCCACGUGCUCUGUCGCCAUUACAUUCAGUUAUCGUUACGGAAAUCAAAUCAAAGAGACACUGAAAAACGUGGACAAUGGAAAAUCUCAAAUUUAUAAACUAUCACAAGAAGCUUCCGAAUUUUGUAAAGGUAACAAAGACAGUCUGAAAAAAUUUCGGCAAAAACUUCAGAUGAUGGAGCAGCCAAGAAAAGUCCCUUUAAUCUUCACACUUAGAAAUCACCUUCUUGUUACGGACGAAGUUAAAAAAGCGCAAUCCUGUUUGAGAAACGUGAAAAAUCAUCAAGCAAGUUCAAAAGAUCAGCUGGUGAUGAGAGAUUUCUUGGAAAAGAUGACAGCGUACCUCCAGAAACCCCAGUUAGACUUAAGUAUUUUAAACACAGUGUAUCAGCACGCGAGAAAGUUCUUUCUUUAUGCAUCUAUCUUGGAGGCUCAAAGUGAAGCCAUCAGUUCCAAAAAGUCUUUCUCCGACAUUGCAGUGUCGCGUCUGAAACUGGCUCAGGAAAAGUUCGAUUUGUUUAUUCAGGGGAAUGACGACGCACUGCAGGUUGACUGGCUUGAAAGAAUAGUAGUAUCGGUGAGAAAAGAAGUGGGCCUCCAACCUCCAACCUUCGAGGAACCCAAAGCAUUUGAGAACUUUCCAGGCUUUAAUAUAGGAGCAUGGAAAUUAUGUGAACACCUUGAAGUUUAUGUCACUAGGUCGCUUAUGCGCAAUGGAAAUGUUGUUACUGAGGUACGUACAGGAUGUAGACAAUGUGUUGACAUGGAGAACAGUGACACGGAUAGAGAGCAAGAAGAAGGAGAGAAAGAAGAAACAGAAGAGAAGGAAGAAGAACUAGAAGAAGGGGCCGGUGCCAUAUGGUGGACACCCUGCAGGCCUUUGCAUAAGAGCAGAAAAAAGACAAAAAUAAGAGCACGAUAAAGUGCUGUUCGUUUUGAAACACGGACUGCCUGUCCCCUUUUUGUAGUGAACCUGCCUACGAUGGACACACCGGAUGUCAUCAAAAUUUUUUUCGGCCUCAUGCUCCGUAAAGGCGAAAAUAAGUUAAAAUUUUAAAUUACCAGGAAAUUAUAACUGACCUCAACUUUGAAGGUUUAGUUUCAAACAAGUACAACUUUAACUCCCAACAACACUUGUAUUAAUGCUAGGGAAAAAAGAAACUCAAAAGCCUAGGACUCUAAAGACAGUACAUUUCUUAGCCUUGUAAAGGAGACACAGGAUUCCAAAUCAGCUUCAAAAAAAAUACACUUCCGCUGAACGAUGGUGAUAAUAAUUCACUGGAUACCAAGUUGAUUUGCGACUCGCGGCCAUUCCCACGUUUCCUGGGAAUAAAUGCCUUUACGGACCUCAUAAAAACCUUGACUAUCCUCAGCUCAAACCAGCGCCUAUUGCACAAAGUGACGGAAUCGUGUCACGGUUCAGGUGUCAAGCUAUACUGAAACAACACGUAUACAGGGGUAAUUUGGCAGAUUUUAUGCCAUCAAACCGGGUGUAUCUUGCGCGGCAAAUGAUCGAAAGGGCAAACUCGCGCGUGCCUUUCGUGUCACGAACGCGAUUUUUCCUAUUCGACGCUGUCAUUUAUUUCGGUUGCCACGCAGGUUACAAAUGCUGCGUCCCACUCCCUUUUGUCACCUUCUAUGCUUAUUAACAUAUGUUUCGUUGUUUCAGUUUAAACAUUCGGUCUAGUGGC